GGCAUCGUUAAAAAAAAGUUUUGCACGAAAGAAACCACACCACCCAUUGAAAAAGGCGCUGGAACAGGUACUCGCUUCCUUACCAUUUCAACAUUGGAAUCGAGGUUUUUUUUUUUUUUCGUUGAAAGGGAAGGUGAAAUGAAAGAUGGAGUUAGAGUACAGUGAGAGAGACGAGAUCAAGGACCAAUGAAUAUUUUAAUUAGUAUUAAAAUGAUUUAACCUGCCAUAAAGAUAAUUGUAGGCAGAGAAUAGCCUAUCAGUCUCAACAAGGAAAAAUCCUCCGUUUACCAACACCUGUGAUUCUCCGUCAACGGUUGACUUUCUACAGACAAAAACACCCAAAAUUCCUAUUCUUGUUUUACCCCUGCAAUUUCCGGUGAAAAUGAUCCCUGGAAAAUAAUUUUUCCCGAGAAUAUGAUUCGAUUGUCAUGAAACUAAAAAAAAAAAAAAAACAACUCUAAUCCGGCGAGACGUUGUACGAUGAGGUCGACCUAUGGCUUCUUCUUAAACUCCCAAAAUCGAGAGCUUUCCUCUUCAAUUCUUUCAUGGAAAAUCCAGAACAACGGGACCGAGACAAAACCCUAAUUACCGAACCGAAGGAAAUCAAUGCAGCAGAAGAAGAUGUGCUAGUAAUUGAAUGGGAAGAUUUCGAGCAUAAGCUUGCUAGAUUGUGGAGUUUAACUUCUGCCCUUAAAGAAUCUAAUGAUAAGAAGAAAAGUCUUCAAGAAAAACUCCAGUCACUUAUUCAGGUCAAAACUGAGUCAUUGAAUCAACUGAAUGAGCUGGAGGUAAUGCGUGAAAGACUAGAUGCAAGAAAAUUAGUUAUGGGAAACAUGUUAACUCGUUGCAUGGUUGCAACAGAGGAUGCUAAAAAACAGGAGGAAAUGCUUAGUGCUGAAGUGAGAUCACUGUUGGUUGCUGGUAUCUCUCUUUCUGUAGCAAAGAAGCAAUUGCAGGAAUCAAAUGGAUUACUCACUGAAGAAAGGGGUUACAUUAAGCUAAAAAAUGUGCAUAGGAAGCUUCGAGCAAGGCACCAAUAUAUGGUAUCACAAGUUUCAUUGCUCUAUCCCGUAAAAAUCUUGGUUGGAUCCACACAAGAGCAAGAACUUGAAUCCUGUCCAAGCAGUAGUACACUAGGGAAUUCUUCUGUAUCUAAGCGCAUUAACCAAGGAUCCUUGAUGAUUUUAGGUCUGAAUCUCACCAUGCUUCCUUUUACAAAGAUGAGUUUUUUCACUGGCAAAAAGGAGGUUCAGAGAUCUGCAACUGCCUUAGGAUAUGUUGCACAUGCUGUUUCACUAAUUGCAUCCUAUUUACAAGUUCCCUUACGUUAUCCUCUGCGCUUGGGUGGUUCCCACUCAUACAUUAACAACCAUGCGCCUUCAGUAGAGCCUACAUCUUCUGAUUUGUCAUGGAAUACAUCACUUUCUGCAAAUGUAAAGCCUGCAGAAUUUCCAUUGUUUUUAGAAGGUCAAGACACAACAAAAGCAGCAUAUGCAGUAUUCUUGUUGAACAAGGAUUAUUCACUAAAUAGGAAAAACCAUGAUGAUGGUCAGACCUUACAUCCAAUAGCACUCAAAAUCUCCUGUCUCCUAAAUUAUCAAAAGGCUAAUUGGGAAACAUGCAAAUUAUUUGAGUUUCCAAUUUUGGUCCCUUCUCUUUCUCCUCUUAUGUCUCCUUCUCUUUAAAAUUUUAAUCUUUGUUUUGUCAUAUAAAAUAAUUCUAUUCCCAACUCCUUAAGCGGAAAUACUUUCCCAAUCCACUUGUAAUUGUUACAUUAGUGUAUCAAGUGUAAACCACUAUGUAACAUUCUGCUUGUUUACUUGUUUUACCAUUGUAUAUCUUCUAGCUGUUCUGAUAUUUGUAACAUUUUAAUGAAAGAAAUUGCCAUUUUAUGGUAACUAACUAUUGAAGUUUUUAUGAUGUUGUUAAUCAAUUUCAAAUAUAGCAAGCAUUAAACCUGAACACUUAUAUAGAAGGGAGUUCAGUCAAUCAUUGGUAGACCAGAUUAAGUUGCUUGUCUCCAUGGUCUAUUUAUAUUUUACUGAAUAUGGUUAAGGCCAAAUAUCAUUUUAGGUUAAAAGGGGUUUGUAAGGAAGAACAAAAGUAGAGAAAGAGUGGAUACUUCUCAAAUGAGACUAACACAUACUAACCUUAUAAUUAUCUGUUAAGGAAUCUUGAAAUAUUAAUGUUAAAUUUUGUUAUCUGAGCAUAGAAGGCCAACAUAUUGCAAAUGGGUUAGAAAUGUAUAUUUGUGACCAACUUCAUAUUCAUAUGAAUGUAUGGGUUCGUGACAAAUCUCAAUGGGUCAAGCUAGCAUUCAUCCUUGUCUUAAUUUGUUGUACUAAUGUUUUAAGAGUUAGUCAAUGUUCCUUUUUGCAAAAUGUUUCUUGAGUUAAAUCAAUUGUUUAUGCAGUUAU